AUGGGACAGUAUAGGUACAUGUUGGCGACUAGCUGGAAGAAGUUUAUGAACAGGCUUGUAAAGAGUGGCAAUAUUAAGCCCAUGGAGAUCUUUGAUACCCUCAUAGAGGCUUUGGAUACGAACCCGGUGAAUGCUCUCUUGGGUUUAUCAGCGUUGGGUAGAUGUCGAGCUAUGCAGUUCUCUAUGAAGGCCAAGGAUGCUAUAGAGGGAGUCCUCCACACCGCGGACGAGUCGGAUAUCCUCGAAUCUGUCCGCUCGACUGCUGUUAUAGCAUUGGCCUUGUUACUUGGUUCGCUACCCUAUAAUCAAGCUAUCACUGCUGCCGAGAGUCUAUUCGCUCCUUUGGAGCAUUCAAGCUCGGCCAUUGAUACUACCCUAACCACAAGGCUGUGGAUGAUGCCUUACUUGUGUUUACUCCAUCCUGCUAAGGUUGAUCACGUCAUUGAUUGUUUGCUUAUGGGCUGCAAGGAUCCUGCUACUGCUACUGCAUGUGGAUAUGGUCUAGCCUUGCUUGUUAUACUCCAUUUUGGCCGUCCGGAGGUUGUACAAAGCCUCAUCAGUCGUCUGAAGGAUACUCAACCAUCUCCAGUUGAUACCUGUGCACGCGUGCUAUGUGGACUAGAUGUCAGCGACAAUUGGCAUUUCAUUGGUGAAUUGGGGAUGAUUGCUGCCGGUCUUGCUGGACUGCCCCCAGACCGAAUCACGG